AACGCGGCGGUCGCCUGUGACCCACGGGUCAGGCGGCAGGCCGCUGAGCGAGUGCUGCGGCACGUGUUUGGAGUGUUCCUGGAGGAGGUGAUCAGCCGCAUGUCCGACUACGUGCCCCCCAGUGAAGUUGUCCGACACAUCAUCCGCCAGUACGGCGGUCGGGACUUUGGAGGCUUCCGUUCCACGCUGCUAGGCCUGCUGGGCUCCUGCGCCUACGAGCAAGCCAUCAUGGCAAGUGCGCAGCGACUCAUCAGCCGGGGGGUCUUCGCAACCAUACGGCAGCACCGGAACUUGGCGGCUGGCCGCCUGCCGCCCACCGCCCUCAAAACACAAGCACCCGCGCAAGGCCAGGACACCACAACACAUGGGGAGGCGGGUGGCCCCGGUGACCCCCGCCCCAACCCCGCUUCAGAACCCCCUGCCGCCAUCGAUUCCGAGCAGACCCCAGCUGCCUCCUCAUUACUGCCCGUCUGGCAGCAGCAUGCAGCCGCGCUAAGGGGAGGAGGAGGCGGAGCAGCGGCAGGGCGAGGAGGAGGAGGAGGAGGGGCUCCAUUCACCAGCCUGACAAGAAGCGGUGGCAUGGCUGCUUGGGCUGUUCACGGCAGUAGCAGCAGCAGCAGCUGCGGCGAGUUGGCACUGCCGCUGGCACCCGCAGGCGAUCUGCAGGGUGUGCGUGCGAGCGGGCAGUUUCAAGCGGCGUUGGAGGCGGGCGUGUGGGGUCCGGUGGCCGGAGUGACCCGUGGGUCGCUCACUGUGCCGGCUCCCGCGGUUGCUCGCGCGCAG